CCAUCAGCUGUGGUACACUCAUACCACAUCCACACAUUAUCAAAUUUAUUUUGUGCGGUAUUGAGAACAUUAAAUGGCAUUUGGCAGGACCGAUGCAUGUGUGUGCUGGAAAAAGCUAUUGAUAUGGCUGUCGUUUGUACCUAUAAUAUAGAAGCUAUUUACAUAAGCCUGGUAGGAAAAUCCUAACUAAAUAUUGAUAUGGUCGAAGUCUCAGUCACAGACAGCCUCGUACACGAGUGUCAAACAAGGGGUGACCUAACCAUGACCUUGGCUCAACCUAAGUCCCACUCAGGACACACCUUACUCCGUUUGGGUUACAACUCUAAAACACUUGAUAAGUAAGGGGCAGAGCAAGAAAAUAAUAAAAAAGAACCCUAGUUUGUAUAAUGGACGUAAGGCCUGUUUGUUUCACAGAAUAGGAGUAAAAAAUUAAAGAAAUGCAGCUACACUCAACCCAAUCUCAGUAACAGGAUGAAAUAACACCAUGAGUAAGUCAAUAUAUGAAUUUGAUAAUUUUAAAUUAAUAUCUAUUUAAAUAAAGAGAAGGGAAAGAAAACCACUGAGUUGGUAACAGUGUGGAGGUGUAAACAAGGCUGACGUGUUGACGGGCGGGACUAAUAAAACCAACACUACGCCUGUAAUUAUAAUUUUAGUUCCAGGAAUCACGUGAAUAUAGUUAUGGAACUUUACUUUUAGUGUAAUAUGAUGGACUCAAGAAGAAUUGUCUUUGUGUUGAUGGUUUUUGGUGUGUGUGUGAUGAGCGAUGGGCAGGACCACCAGGGUAAACCCGCCGUGGAUCAACUGAAAAUUUAUCAACGUUUGUUCCAGCAGAGACGGGCCGAUCAUAAAGAAGCAGUUCAGACGAUACUUAACUUUAGGGAUUAUGUGAAGCAGCAGAAGAUGGUGACCAUUAUUGCUGGAAAAUCAUUUGAGGUACUGGAGCAGAAUCAGGUGAUAUUAAGAGAGGCUGGCUACAUCCCUGGCAUGGACUUCCCCACUGAUGAAGAAGUACGAGAUGCAUUGUCUCAGACACUGGAAAACACUGCUUUCAUGGGCGAGGUUUUGCUGCAUCUACCAGAUAUAACACACGCCCUUCUGCGAGACAACAAACCUUGGCAGCUUCUUUUCACAUGGGGUAUUUUCUUCGCGACACAAUCCAAGUUACUGGAUAAAAACUCGGACAAAUUUAUGUAUUUGGUCUCACAAGAACUGGGGAUAGCAGAAAAAGAUCCCGCUUACACCAACCCGUACUCACGUUCUAGCCAGCAGGGAAAAGGAGGUUCCCCCCCUGGGACUAAUCAAGCCUCCAGCAACAAAGGGAAAAAGGUGAAGAAGUUUAAAAAGGGUCCACAACUUUCCAGACAAUUUGGUGAUUUAUGAUAGUUUGUGUAAGUGUUUAUCUACAACUGAGCUGAAUGUGUUGGUACCCACCUCAGAAUGUAUUGUAAUAUUACUGGUGAAAUUUAUUUAAAUUUUUGAUUAAUGCACUGAUUAAAAUAAAUAGAUUUAUAUUACAGUAUACUGUACAAAGUUAUCAAAUAAAAAGAUUAUAUUUGUAA